GUUAAUCUGAUUAGAAAAGUAGAAAGAAAAAUUAUCGGUUGUCCAUUAGGUAAGUUAUUGGGACAGCAACACUUUCGGAGACACAUAUAAUUCGGUUAUAUAAGACAACUCCCUCCCUUUUUUCUCAAUUGUCCCUGCCACUUAUGUCACUGGUGUAGGGAUUCAGCAAGAAAUUAAGCCCCUCUAAUUUUAUCAGCAAUAUAUCCAGAAGCUAACAGAUAAUUCAAUCAUGAGUGACUACAAGUCAGGACCUCUUGAAAGACCCGUCAGGCCAAGUCUAGAAAGGUUUGACAUUGACGCGGAAGAUGAGAGGAAGACAAGGCUUGGGUCUAUCAAGAAAGCGGCAAUUAAUGCCUCCACCAAGUUUAGAAAUUCUCUUACAAAAAGGGGUCGUAGAAACAGCAGAGUCAUGUCUGUCGUUGUUUUAGAAGAUGAGCAUGACGCUGAGGAAUUAAAGGCAGUUGAUGCCUUACGUCAAGCUCUCAUCCUUGAGGAAUUACUUCCAGCAAAACAUGACGAUUAUCAUUUGAUGCUAAGGUUCUUGAAGGCUAGAAAGUUUGACAUUGAGAAAACAAAGCAGAUGUGGUCUGACAUGCUCCAGUGGAGGAGGGAAUUUGGUGCAGACACCAUCACAGAGGACUUUGACUUCAAGGAAAGGGAGGAGGUUCUAAAGUACUAUCCACAAGGACAUCACGGAGUUGACAAGGAGGGCAGACCAGUUUACAUUGAAAGACUUGGUCAAGUUGAUUCGGUCAAGCUAUUGCAAGCCACAACAAUGGAGCGAUACUUAAAGUACCAUGUACAGGAGUUCGAGAGGACCAUUCAUGAGAAGAUGCCAGCCUGCUCACUUGCAGCCAAAAGACACAUCGACACAAGCACAACUAUCCUGGAUGUCCAAGGAGUGGGACUUAAAAACUUCAACAAGUCGGCAAGGGAUCUCAUUCAACGCCUCCAGGCUAUUGAUGGCAACAAUUACCCCGAGAGCUUGUGUCGGAUGUACAUCAUCAAUGCUGGUUCUGGAUUCAGGCUCUUGUGGAACUCCGUCAAGUCAUUCCUUGACCCAAAGACCACUCAAAAGAUCCAUGUUCUAGGCAAUAAAUACCAAAGCAAGUUGCUUGAAAUAAUUGAUGCCAGCGAAUUACCGGAGUUCUUAGGUGGAACAUGUACUUGUGCUGACAAAGGAGGAUGCAUGCUUUCUGAUAAAGGUCCAUGGAAUGAUCCAGAAAUAAUGAGGAUGGUUCGUGAUGGUGAUCAUAAAUGUACGCACAAAUUUGUGAUCUCAAUGGAUGAGAAAACUAUCCCAGAGGAUGACUACGCCAACGCCAAGAACGUAAACAAGAGCACUUCUUUCAAAAAGGAAACCAACUCUUCCAAGGUUCAGAGAGAUAAUGUGGCACAUGGCCAGCUUUCCCCUGUCCGCGAGGAAUUUGAUAUCCCUACUGUGGACAAGGCUGUUGAUGCAACGUGGUCUAAAGAUGUAGUAAAAGCGGGCAACUUUGCCAAAUCUAAAGAUGUCUUCCCUGUCCACGAUGUUUGUAAGACAUCAGAAGGAUUUGGAAACCCCAUAUUCAGUGGAGUGAUGACUUUAGUCAUGGGCAUUGUGACAUUGGUGCGGCUGACUAAAAACAUGCCAAGGAAGCUUACAGAUGCUACCCUCUUGGCUGGUUCUUUGUAUAGUGCUGACAUGAUCAAAGAACAGACUCAUGGACAUGUCAUCUCGACAAAAGAUUACAUUAGCAUGAUGAAACGCAUGGAAGAACUCGAGGAUAAGGUCAUCACUCUUAACCAAAAACCUGCUUCUAUGCCUCCUGAGAAAGAGGACAUGCUUAACGCUGCCAUUAACCGGGUUGGCACUUUGGAGCAAGAACUUUUGGCUACCAAGAAGGCUCUUGAUGAAGCUCUUGUUCGUCAACAAGAGCUACUAUCUGCCCUUGAGAAGAAAAAGAAGAAGAAGAAGUUCUUAGUUUUCUAAGAGCAAAAGCAUCAAAAGAGUUUGAAACAAAUUGGAAAAGUUAUAGGCUUGUUUGAAUUUCUUUAGAUAGAUGUAGAGAUGGUGAUAUUUCUACCCAAGAAAGGCUGUCUGAGUGAGAUCUCUCACACAUUUGUAAAAUGAACUCUGUAACCUUGAACUUUUUUCUUACAUUAUUUGCUGUGCUGUGUUCACCAGCACUGCUGCUGCAGUAGCUUUGUCUAUCCUCUUCGGCGAGAUUUACUGUUCACCCUCUCCUUCAGAGCUCUAAUUGUAAAUGCCAUAUGUUAUGGCACAUUUUAUAUAUACAUCUGCUUGUAUUUUCUGUAAAUAAAAAUGAAAGCAGUUUGCUGUUUGCUUUUGUUCUGAUUA